AGUAUGUAAUGUUGAUUCUCGAACGGGAGUCUGCAGGCCGCCGCCUGCUUCACGAAUCACGACAUACACGUACCAUGAUCAUCAUGAUAGCGCUCGCCCGUCAGCUUAAAGCAUACAGUACCGGUCUGCCCCAUCUAGGCGUUUUCUAGGGAAAUAUGAUUACCAUAGUGGGGUUUCUCGCGACCGCCUUCAUGUCUCCGCAAGUGGUAGUGGCAAACAGUUCCCAGACUAGUAGUGGACAGUUGCUUAAGAUAAGGUGUAAAUUAUUGACAUCCCAUCGCAGACCGCCUCGACUUCUCAAGCUGCGGUUGAGGGGUGCCUUCUUACUUCCAUGCAUGAAUUGCGGCAUAUAUUACAACAAACACUAAGUUUUUGGCCACUAGUUCUGCACUCUCAUGAGAUCGGUGUAGAUUUGCUUGUUGUGUCCAGUCAUGGUGAAUGGAACACCC